GACCCGAUUGAGUCACCGCCAUCUACAUCACACAAUAAAUACCCAAACCCUUUCCCUUCAUCAUUGUUACCUCGGUUUGUUUCUCUUCGCGGCUCUGUAAUAUCUCUUUCGAUUCGAGAGUGCUGGUAUCAAACGAAACCCUAGACAAGCUCCGCUACUCCAUCGCAGUUCCUCAACACCACCGUCGCCUAAUCGAUAAUUGAUUUUGUGUUUUCAUCUUUAUACAUUAUUAGAUGGCAGCGAAACCUCUUUCAACCAAGGCAAUUGCGCUCACAGAGAAGAAGAUGGACAUGACAUUAGAUGAUAUAAUCAAAAUGUCUAAGAAUCCUAAAUCUACCAAGCAAAGAAGGGUUCCGAACAAAAGCCAUAAAUCUUCAAACAAUUUUAAUCAAGAUAAGUCUUCAAAGGUGCGAGGUUAUAUGGAGUCAAGGUCUUCUCUUAGACAGGGGGCUCUUGCAAAAAGAAGAUCUAGUUUCCAGGGAAACCAAUUUCCUGCUGCAACUGAGGUUGCACGAAAAGCUGUUAAUGCUCCUCUUCAAAGUAAAUAUCCUAAUCGUAACAGGGGGGCUAACCGAAAUAAAGCAAGAUUUCAAGCUCCUGCAAGUCAGAGAAGGGCUGCUAGUGGAGGUUUUGGUGCAAAGCAACCAUUGCCUUCUCUUCAGAAGCAGCAGGAAAAUGUGGAUGUAAUGCCUAAGCAAAAGCCUAAGACGUUGGAUUCACUAUUUGCAAACAUGAAGGAGCAAAGAAUGAGAGAUUUGUCAAUGAGGAAUGAUGUUGGGCCGCGCAAUGGAGGUGGGAAUAGGAGGCAGCCAUGGGGAAGUGGUCGAUUUGGCAAUUAAAAUGUGCGGGCUGGAAUGGGUAUUUCAAUGAUCCACAUCCUGACUUCAAAUUGAUAUCAAGUUAAAAUUUUCUGGUGUGUAUAAGUUGACUCCAAGUUGAUUUCAUAGAUAUGUAUAAUCUAGAUUCUAGAUUUUCUCCUUUAGUUGGAAUACCUUUUCCCUCAUUUGAUUCGAUAGACUUUUGCUCGGAUUGUAUGAUAGUUUUUUCCAUGGGCAUGAUGUUUGGCUGAGAUUCCUGUUGAUGGGUCUAGACCAUGGAACAUGGAAUUCCAGCAGUUAUGUGUCGUCACUAGAAUGGCUAUUGAGACUGUUUAAUGGGGUUUUCUUUGUUAUUAAUUAUUAUGUUUACUCAA